GGGUGCCGGCGGUGCCCCCCGCGCGGUCUCAGUCGUUCGCCGACACUCUCGCCGCUAGUACGCGAGAGCCGCGAUGCAUGUCGCCUACGCUUGACGCAUUCAGUCCCGGUCCAUGUGUGUGUACCCUUCGUGAUCUGAGAUCGAAUCUCGUUCGAGCCGCGUGCAGUGUAUCUGCUGCAAGUGCGCGUCACCAGGAAAGGACCCUGCGGCCGAGCUGCUAGCGAGCCCCGACCAGCUCUCCACCGGAGCCGACAGCUCAGCUGACCGGCGCGCCUACUGCCUGCGACCGCACGAGCAGCGGCGGUUGUCGUUCAGCAAGCGGAGCGGGCGCGGGCGCGGUGACGGUCGCGAACGCAGGCGCGGGCGCGGGGGCGUGCGCGGCGCGCAUGGCUAGCGCGGGCGCGCAAUACCGCGGCGGCGCGCAGCAGUGGCCGGCGGCCUACACGCCGCAGCCCUGCCGCUACCCGCCGCCGCCGCAGCCCUACGCAGCAGCGCCAAGCCCUUACACGCCGCAUCAAUACAGCGGCGCGACCAUGGGCGGCGGCUGCGGAGCGGCCGGCACGCGGGUGCCGACGGCGGCGUCGCCGGCCAACACGGCGUCAUCGUCCUCCUCGAAUACCGGCUCGGCAGGCGGCACCCGGUCCACUAGCCUCAGUACGGCACCCCCACCACCGGCCUCCACGGCAUCAACCACCGGACAAGUGGGGGAACAGCUCAGCCGCACCAACUUAUACAUACGCGGCCUUAGCCAAAACACCACCGAUAAGGACCUCGUCCAAAUGUGCCAGAUGUACGGCAACAUAAUUUCAACAAAAGCAAUAUUGGAUAAAAAUACAAAUAAAUGUAAAGGUUACGGUUUUGUAGAUUUUGAGACAAUCGCGUCGGCGGAGGCAGCUGUUAAAGGAUUACAAGCCAAAGGUGUUCAGGCCCAGAUGGCUAAAGUGGGUAUCUGGUUCCUGCGUAGACUGAACCGUCAACAAGAGCAAGAUCCUACCAACCUGUACAUGGCGAACCUGCCGCCUCACUUCAAAGAGAACGAUGUGGACCAACUCCUGGCCAAAUUCGGCCAGGUGGUAUCCACGAGGAUCCUGCGCGACACCCACGGUCACAGCAAAGGCGUUGGAUUUGCGCGGAUGGAGUCUAGGGAAAAGUGCGAGCAAAUUAUCCAAAUGUUUAACGGAAACGCUAUUCCUGGUGCCAAGGAGCCUCUAUUAGUUAAAUUUGCGGACGGAGGAAAUAAGAAGAAAGCACUUUAUAACAAGCAAAACGACAACAAUGGUAGAGCGUGGCGGGACACCAAUGAUUCCAUAACGCAGGUAAUAGAGGCGAUGACUGCCGGCGGCGUAUACGCUGGCGGCGUAGGCGCAGCGGGGGCAGGCGGGGAGUGCGCGGGCGUGUACCGCGGCGGGGCCAGCGUGUACAGCGUGACUGCGUUCCACCCGCACCCGCAGCUGCACCACCACCACCACGCGGCCCACCCCGCGGCCUGGCUGCCCUACCCCGCGCUGAUACCCUCGGCCCACCCCGCGCACCACGCAGCGCACCCCGCCCACCCGACGCACAUACCCAUCGACUCUGUGCCUAGCCAAUACGUAAACUGGGACAGCAUAAGGCCGGAAAGUGAAUUAUACUACUUUGCGUCGCAUCCGUACCAGUACUUCCAGGGGCCGACGCAGCCUAUCAUCCAGCUGCCAAUGGAGAGCGAGCACGCGUCCACAGCGGCGUCCCCCGACGAGGCUUACCAGACGUACCCGCCUCCCAAGUAGAUCAUAAGCCACGCUACGACAAUCCGAGCUGUACACGAGCCAAAAAUCAAAGCACUGUGACUUUUUACAAUGUUAAUUUGUUUUAGUUAUAAUUUGCGGCCGUUAUAGACUUCAUCGAAAGUUGCGCUCGCGCGGCGCCUCUAGCUAUAGCCUACACGUUCGCCUCGGUGUUUGUUCGGUCCGCGGUCCGCUGGCUUGCGCUGGACGUUGAUUCGCUGUGAUGUUUUGAUGAGGUCUUGUGACGGUUCGAGGAGAGGAUUUGAUGUAUAGAUAUAGCUCCAAUUUUAAAGCGUUUUUAUUGCAUUAUAAUUUUAUUAUUGUUUUAUGAGAAAAUAAAUUUAAGAUUUUAGGCCCAGGUUCCGAACGUUGAAAAGAUUAUUUAAGAUAGUUAGGUAUUUAUUUUAGCAUAGUAUAUAAUUUCAUUACUGAAAUUUCAAAGUUACUCGUCCCUUGGACGGGAGAUAUUCAUAAAAUUUUACUUUUAAAUCAAACUAAAUCAGUGUCAUAAUUAAAAUGAUAAGAAAUCAAAUAAUGAAAUGAAAUCACAUCUGAGUAAAGAAAAUGCGUGCAAUCCAAUUCAGAAUCUAUAGAUAUUUAUCAAAAUAUUUGUACAGUUUCUUUCAAUUUAUUUUCCUAUUAACACCUGUUUUAGAAUAAAGCAAUAUCUAUGAAGAAUGGAGUGGAUAGAGAGAUAAGUGGAAAUGGUCAUAUCAUGUGGAAUCAAAGAUUUAUACUAAAAUGACUUAGGCGUGUAGAGCUAGAGGUGAAGUAGCGCGCUUUAUUGCGUGCAGUGGAUAUUAUGGUGAAGAUAGAAUCUUCCGCGAAAAAAGUAUUUUAAAAAUACAAUCACAAGAGUUGCUCUUAUUGCUUGUUGUAUGUAGGAACCGGAGACGUAACCCGCUUUCUUGAAAACGCACGGAUAUAAACAUUAGCUGAAACUUCAUUUGCGCAAGCGUAGUGCUCGUUUGCUUGCACUUAUGUGGUUUUGGGUAUGUAUAAAUUAAAUGUGUUUGGCGUGGUGCUUUAAUCAUUUUAUUUCAAAAAUGGUACUAUACCUAUGCAGUAUUAUCUAACAUAAUACACUCAUGAAUAGUCUAACCGGCGCAGUCUUCCAUGGAUCGCAAAUAACUUUAAAAAUUAUUAUUUAAAAAUUUCCUUGUGCCUGAACAGCUUGACCGCUCGAGUCACUUAAAAUUUCCACCUACGAUGACGCUAUUUCGUAUUUAAACAAGAAAUAAUACCCUUCAGUCAUAAUUAUGUUACGUAGAAAUAGUUAAUUAUCAUCACAAGUAGUUUAAUCAUUUUUCGACUCCUCGAUGUAUAAUAUGUUGUAUGAUGCAAUAGUUUCUCUACUAAAACGUCGUUGCCAAACCCGAGAACAGACUGAAUUUAUGUAUACUGUAACUUCCAAUAUUUGUUGAUCCGUGUUUCUCCCCUACCUAGUCUCUGUGUCAGUAAGCGACGGUAGUACACAGUAGCGGGCGGCGGGCAGCGCGCCGCCCCGGCCGCGCAGCGCGCUAGGCACUGCGGGCGUGCCACCUCGAACGGCACGGUAACAUUUAGCAAUAAGCAGUUGUAUGUAAAGUCUAUUUAUACAUUUUACGAGUCUAUACAAAUUUUUGUACGUUGAAAACUCAUGUUUGAAUACGUGAAAAACGAAGUGAUCCUUUUUUGAGAAUCAUGUACUGAGUCAACUGUAGUUGUUAUUUUGUAGGCGGUCGGCACAUUCCACUAGAAAACUUCAAACAAAAAUUCCACGAUUGAUUUCCACAUUAUAAAAUGUAAUGGAUUUGAAAUCCAAAGUGUAUGAACACCUUUUGGUGUAUAUAAGCACUUUUUGUACCAUCACGUAGGUUUUGGGUACACUUUAUGACUUUAUAUGAAAUUUGAUAUUUUUAUAUUGAAUAUAUAUAAAUUAUACAUGGAUAUGUAUACAUGUAUAUACAUUGUUGAUGGGUACGAGUAAAAGCCUACUAUAUCGCAACUGUUUAAUUCUAUUUUGGCACGUCAAGAGUUUCAUCAGAACCAAAGUAUACAAAUCAUUAAAGUCGAGUAAGAAGUAGGAAAAUAUUUAUACAACUCAGGGACUGAAGACUAGUUAAAUGUUUGAUAUAUUAACUGUAUUUUAACUGACGAUUAAGAGAUAAUCUCACUUUGUUCAAAACCUGUAAACUGAAAUUCAAUAAAACAAUACAGGAACUGAUUCUAGCUGACGGCAGGUUUUGAAUGAAUAAAGUAGAUUUUGAACGAAUUAGUAGAUCUGUAUUUGUUUUCUGUUUAUUUUUAUUCAGGAAAAGGCUGAAUUGUACUGUUGUUCCGUAAUAAGUAAUUUUUUUUGGAAUGUACAUAAAUUAGCUGGUGAUUUGUGACUUGUUUGCGAAUGUAUAAAGUAACACCGCUAAGAUUCACGUAGAGGCACCGCACGUAGUGACAGCUGACUGCCCCAUACCGACACAAACCCGACUCACGUCGCAAAGGCUAAUCUAAAGUGAGAUUUUAAUUAGUGUAACGUUUCGGACGUACUGACCCAUAAUACUCCAUAGAUCAGUAUUAUUCUCGCAUAAUUUCUGAUCAAGCCAAAUUUAUUGAACUGACUAAGAAACCGCCUUUACUUCUUGUGAAAUAAAAUAACCACGAAGUGCAAUGUAGUACCGAGUGUUGCGUGGUACUUAGUUAAGUAAUUUGAUCGUUUAGUGUUACGUACACGUACACUGUGGCUUCCUGUGAAAGCAGUCUUCCGAUAGAUAUUUCCGCUAACUUUGCAUUUAAAUUGAUGUCGACGUAUUGAAACAUUUUACAUGUGUAAUGUAAACUCCCUUUUUUGUUGUCCCGUACCGUGUAAAUUGACCUUUUCGAGUCCCGUUCUCAAGUUAUGAUAUGAUUUCAUUCAACAAUGCAAAUUGUUGUUCCCUUGGAAAUAAGUAAUGCAAAUAAUUAGAGUAAUCACACCAACAUAAUUUAAGUGACUUGUAUAAUAGGGUGGCACGGACCUUGUUAGAGUAGACAGUGUCGAGAGCGAUAAUAAUUUAGCACGAAAUUAUUUUUCUAAUGCUUUCCUUCCAAUUUAAGCAAUAAAAUUAAUUUGAUGGUAGUGCCUUCAGCUUCCUUUAAAGUAAUGAAUCAGAUGAUACAGUAGCAGUUGCAUGUGCUUUACACAAUAUUUUUACAGGUAAUAGAGAACUUACCGUAUUCAUAAACGUAGCGAUAAUGUAAAGACUAUGUUAAAAAUAUUUUGUAACAACUAAAACAAAUAAUGUGGCUGUCUAAUCGUUGCAUUUUUCACACAUGAUGUAAAAAAUUAACUUGAGGAUAAAAAGUAGAUGUUCCUAGUUAACUCACUUCGACACUCUUGGCAUGUGUGAUAUCUGAAAAUGAUAGCUCGAUAACGUCGAGCGCCCUGUGACAGUAGCACAAAUGUUGCAUGUCGGGAACCAAUACUUGAAAACCAAAAUAAUGAUUCAUCAAAAUCAUGUCGAUAGAAUUGAAGUGUUAAGUAAAUGUUUAAAAAAUUAAGUCGUUAACUAUAAGAGAACGCUCGACUCGUUUUGAAAAAGUGAAUAGUGAAGCUCUAGGAAUGAUGACGAACGAUGGCUAGUUUGUAGACUAGGCUUAACUUAUAGAUAGGAUAGAAUAGAAAAAAAAUGUUUCGACGCUAAGAUAGAUAGCAUAGAACCCUAGAUUAAUAUAUUUCCAAAGCGGCGCGGGCGCGCGUGCUCCGCUCGUCUCUAGGGUAGUUUCCUUUGUUAGUUUAUUAAAUAAUUUAAUUUGAAUGGACUGAAGGCGGGCGGCGGCGCGCGCGCAACUCCGCUCUAGCGAGUAAGAGCAGGCUAAGGAAAUUAGUGAACACAUUCAAGAGAUAAGUUUCAGUUGAACAAGUUUGCUUUCACUUCUUUUGUUAUGUAGUGACUAAGUGUAAAGAAAGCUAAAUGAAAAAAAAAACUGUCGGAGGUGUCGAUACGAAUGUAUUUGUCCAAUGUGUAUUAAUAUAGUGUGGUGUUCUACCGAUCAGACUA